AUGGCAGCACCAUAUAAAAAAUUAUCAAUAAGAAAAAUUGCCAAAAACGUUGACAAUGGUACUGAAGAGUCAAGAUACUGGAACAGAUUUAAGAGGAAAACUUUUAAAGAAAUUGCUUCCGUAACCUCAAUUCAUUUUUCUCCUAUCGCACCACAUGAUUUCGCAGUAACAUCAUCUACACGUGUUCAAAUCUAUUCUCCGAAAAAUAAAUAUCAAGUGACAAAAUCGAUAUCAAGAUUUCAUGACAUCGCGUAUAGCGGAAAUAUCCGAAAUGAUGGUAACCUUCUUGUCGCUGGAGACGCUACAGGAUUGAUUCAGAUUUUUAAUAUUCAUAACAGAGCAAUAUUAAGAACGAUGGAAGGGCAUAAACUUCCCGUGCAGGUAACAAAAUUUGCUCCUGGAAAUACUCAAGUUCUCUCUUGUUCAGAUGAUAAAACCGUUCGAAUUUGGGAUAUACCUGGUCAAGAACCUGUAUCAGUUCUCGAAGGACAUCAGCUAAUCAAAUACUUCAAACUUAAGGAUUAUGUACGAUCUGGUUUAAUAAAUAACGGCAAUCCUCACUUAGUUUUAUCUGGUUCUUAUGAUCAAACAGUGAAACUUUGGGAUAUGCGUACAAAUACUUGUGCCAUGACUUUGAUGCAUGAAGCACCUGUAGAAGAAGUUUUGUUUCUUGAUGAUCAAACAGUGAUUUCAGCAGGUGGACCGACUAUAAAAGUUUGGGAUAUUAAUGGUGGAGGUCGAGUUACAUAUUCUUUGUCGAAUCAUCAAAAAACGGUUACCUCCAUGUGUUUCAAUUCACUGCAUUCUCGACUUCUUACUGGAUCUUUGGACCGUCAAGUCAAAGUUUAUGAUACAAAAAAUUUUGAAGUGUUGCAUGGGUUAACAUAUCCCGGUCCAAUUUUAAGCCUCGCGAUUUCACCUGAUGAAACCCAUUUCGCAGUCGGGAUGACAUCAGGCACUUUAGCUGUGCAAUUCGUUAAAGUGGAAAAGGUUUCAAAACGUGAAAAGGAACAACCAAAACCGGGCACUUAUCAAUACUUUAUUCGUGGUUUCAAUCACAGUGGCAGUAAGGAUGAUCAUGUAAUAGAAGCUAAACGAAAAGAGAAACUGGCAAUGUAUGAUCAAUAUUUGAGGAAUUUUCAAUAUUCAAAUGCACUUGAUGCUGUUUUAAGACCCACUACACUUCCUAUUUUGACAGUUUCGUUAAUUCAAGAACUUAUACUACGCGAUGCUUUGACAAUAGCCAUUGCUGGACGUGAUGAAACUUCUUUGACACCUUUAAUCAAAUUUGUGACUAAAUGGAUAACUGAUCCAAAAUAUAUGAACCUUAUGGUCGAUGUUGCGCAAGUCAUACUUGAAUUAUAUUCCCCAGUAAUUGGACAAUCUUCCACCAUAACAAAUCUUAUAAAGACUUUACAUCAAAAAGUAAAAGGUGAAAUUUCUAUACAGUUAGAGAUGGCAAAAGUAAUAGGUUCUGUAGAGAUGAUAUUUGCUGGUGGCGCGUUAAGAAAUAAGAAACAAAGAUAA